AUGGAUUACUUCACUAAGUGGCCAGAAGUCUUCGCCAUUACAAAUCAAGAAGCUUCAACAGUUGCAGAUAAACUAGUUAAUGAAAUCUUCUGUGGUUUUAGAGUACCUUUAGAGAUUCACAGUGAUCAAGGAAGGAAUUUUGAGUCUCAAAUAUUCCAGGAAACUUGCCGAGUUGUGGGUACUCAUAAAACAAGAACAACUUCUUAUCACCCACAAUCUGAUGGAAUGGUAGAACCAUUUAUUCAGACAUUGGAGAGGUACCUAGCAAAAGUUGUGGAAAAACGGCAACGAGACUGGGACAGGAACAUACAACCGUUUUUGUUGUCAUAUCGAAGCGCUGUUCACGAAAGUAGACACCUGCUUUCGUAA